AUAUCCCUUCGUUGUUCGCUAGCUACUGGCGUUACAACAGCUAGAUCGAGUCGAGAGUAGAAAGGAGCUUUAGCUGAGAGCAAGCGAGACUGCGAGAGCGAGAGGCAUUCGGAUCCAUGGAGCUGGAGGCUGCCGCGCCGGCGUUGAUGAGGAGGGACGGUCGGAAGCUGGCGAGGUGCCCGCGGCUGCAGCUGGACACAAAGACGGUCACGGCCAUCGAGCAGUCCACGGGCGAGAGCGUCGCCGACGCCGCCGCCGUGCCGGGCGCGGGGCCCGGGAUGCGCGUCAAGAUCGUGCUCAGCAAGCAGCAGCUCAAGCAGGUGGCCGCGGCCGUCGCGGGGGGCGGCGGGUUCGCGCUGCCGCCGGCGCUGGAGCAGCUAGUCAGCGUGCUCAGGCGGCAGCACGCCAAGAAGCAGGCGGCGGCCGACGUGGUGGCCGCCGCGAGGCGCCGGGGCCGGUGGUCGCCGGCGCUGCAGAGCAUCCCGGAGGAGUGCUUUUAGCCAGGCGUGCCUUCGCGUAGUGUUCCACUCUUUGCUUGUAUAGCUCUCUCCUAAUCUUCGCCUUAUUCUUCCUCCUGAUGGAUUGCAACCAGCCGAUUUGAUUGGGCCAAAAUGAGCGCCCAAUGGUUGCAUCCCAGAUUUGAAAUGUCACAUAUUUUAAUCUGGCAUUUGGAUCCAUCGAUCCAGAAACAAUUUUCCCUCUGUUUCCGAGAGAUCGGACGGUGUACAUACCCGGAUUCAACUCAAUCAACCAGUAAAGGACAAUGAACUGGGAAAAAGGAACCAAACA